UUCUUAGGGUUUUACCAGGGAAACGAAGAGAAGUUGGGAACAGAAGAUGCCGUGCCUCAAUCUCUCCACCAACAUACGGUUGGAGGACGUCGACACCUCAGCGGUCCUAUCCGAGGCAACGAAGACCAUCGCCGACAUCGUCGGCAAGCCCGAAUCUUAUGUAAUGGUUGUGCUUAAGGGAUCUAUACCCAUUUUGUUUGGUGGUACACAACAGCCAGCUGCUUAUGGUGAAUUAGUUUCCAUUGGAGGGCUGAAUCCCGAUGUGAAUAAGAAACUAAGUGCGGGAAUUUCUGAUAUUUUAGAGAAUAACCUGUCCAUUCCAAAGUCCCGUUUCUUUUUGAAGUUUUACGACUCGAAGGCCAAUCAAGCACAAGAACAUGCUCAGUGUUUGCAUGCCUUGCAUCAGCAAUAAACAUGUUAUCCCUCAAGUACUUUUUUAUGUGUACUUGGAUUUGACAGUGCUCACCUAAACUCUGUAUGCACAACAUUAUACGUUUAUGCUUAGAAUAUUGCAGUUCAAAUGAUUCGACUACAUUUCUAGAAUUGGUGAACCAAUUUGCGCAGUUCUUGUUCAUUGUUAAUUCUCGAGCUAUUUUGUACAUUUUGAUUAAGAGAAUGCACAGAUCCUCUUGUGUCUCCUGUGUGAAUCAUUUGAUGUCUAGCUCUCUUUCUGCAUUAUGAAAUGUGAUGUGGAUAGAUAAGUACCUGAUGGUUGUUAUUUGUCAUCAUUUGUUGGUUUGAGGAAGUUGAUUCUGGUCAUUUUGUUCUAUUAGUUUGCUAUGUGAUUGUGUAAAUUGUAAUGGAAUUUUCACUUUAAAAAGGAGUCUUGGCACAAUGGUAAAGUAUUGCUUUGUGACCAAAAGAUCACGGGUUUAAAUUCUGAAAACAGUCUCUUACAAAAAAAAAAGUAGAGUAAGACUGCAUAUAUGGAUCCUUCCCCAUGAUCCCGUAUUGUUGGAGUUUCAUACACCGGGCUAGUUUUUUUUUUUUUUAAUGGAAUUUUCUUCUUACUGUAGAUUCUUAUUAUUAUGUUUGGUAUUCUCCUCUAUCUUGAUAGCUUUCCUGUGCGAGUGCAAAGCCUUGGCAAAACCUUGGCAGCUUCGGCAUCAUGUUGGACCAGCUCACCCUCUCAUGUGCAUUCCAAUACUCAGGCUCCUCCAACUCAACCUCGGACACUUCACUGCUUCUGGCUGUUCCAAAGUUCAUGCAGGGGUAUGUGGGACGAUGCUUUGCCCACGCUCCUGCUCUGUCUUGUUGCCUUGUUAGAUGUUGAUGUUGGAGGGGGAGGCUUAAGGAACAGGCAUAUCACAGUGCAGACAUUCAACCUUCAAUGUUGGGUGCUUGAUUAGCCACACGUGAACCACUUUCUCGAUCACCAGGCUUAGAUGCAUCUACUCUCUUAGUCGUGGAUGAUACUGAUUUGAUCACUUCCAUGUUUGAUAGCACAUCCCAUGCCUGAAGAAGUUGAAACUCCUCAUCACGUGUUAAUGCUUCUAUUAUUUAUUUAUUUUGAAAUAUGUUAUGUUUUGUUGCACCAUCAUUUGCAAGCACUACAAACUCAUCUUUCUCGGUCAACUUCCUGUAGGAAAUUUGAGGGGUGGAGACGAGGCCAAAGCUCUUGUCAACUCUCCAAAAGCUCUUGUCAGGUUCUCCCUCUAGAGCAAAAUCUCUUCCUCUGCAACUCUUGAUUCUCUCUGCUUCACCUGCACAUCACAUGCAAGCACAUGAACUAUAAACCAAAUUAUAUUGCUGCUCCAGAAUCUCUCAAAUUAGCAACACUAAGUGCUCUCUCUGAAGCCAAAGUUAGCAUGAAUCUCUAUCUCUGAAUU